ACCCCAGUCUCAGCCCUCAUUUCCCAGCCGUGAGAAAUAGAGGAAAAUACUGCAAGAAGAAGGAGAGGGAGACGGCGAAGAAGGAGAGGACUCAGCGGCGGCGGUGGUCAGUCCUCCUUCACCGGACAGGGACUGGGGACCGUGACAUCCCCUCCCCCCCCAGGGACCCCGCUUCCCCUCCUCAGGGGGGAGGACCAGACAUCGGCAGGAAGGGGGGCCUGGACCCCGGCGGACACCCCGAUAUUCAGGAUCUGCUCCCCCCCCCCGACACCCCGCAAUCCUCUCUGAUGAUCGCACGGCCACCAGGGGGCUCCGGGGCUCCUCAUUUUUGGGGGUCCCUCGAUUGAUUAACCCGCUCGGUGCCGCCCCUCCAGAUCCCACCGACACCCUAUCUUCCACCCGCCGUGCCCCCCAAAUCUGGUCGGCCGACGAGGAUCGAGGUGCCCCCCAGUACGGAGAGGAGGAGAUCGCAGGCCACCAUUUUAAGACAGGAAGAGAGGGGGAGGCAGCCUGACAUCUCAUCACUUCGGGGGGCUGAUGUGUGAUUUGGGGGGCGUGUGACCCCCUCACAGCGGACAUUCAUCACCGACAAUUACAGGGGCCUUUGCUCGGAUCGGGGAUCCCCUGCUCGGAUUUUUUUCCAUUUUAUUUAAAGGAGCAUACCCCUCCCUUCCCCCCACCCCCUCUCUUUUCAAGGGCCGAGGCCUAGUUGUUUGUUUUGCCUCCUCCGGCGGCUGCGGUGUUUCCUGAGCGGCCAGGCCGGCCCGCGGGUGUCGGUGAGCGGUCAGAGUCGGGGCGGAGAGCUCGGUGCAGGCCGUGACUCGGAGGAGUGUUGCUGUAGCAGCACGAGGAGGAGAAGACGAAGGAGGAGGAGGAUGGGCUGUCUGGGGAACAGUAAGACGGAGGACCAGCGCAAUGAGGAGAAGCAGCAGCGGGAGGCCAACAAGAAGAUCGAGAAGCAGCUGCAGAAGGACAAGCAGGUGUACCGGGCCACACACCGGCUACUGCUGCUGGGUGCUGGAGAAUCUGGGAAAAGCACAAUCGUGAAGCAAAUGAGAAUCCUUCAUGUGAAUGGAUUUAAUGCUGAAGAGAAAAAGGUUAAAGUACAAGAUAUUAAGAAUAAUAUUAAAGAGGCUAUUGAGACCAUAGUUGCAGCAAUGAGCAACCUGUCCCCUCCAGUGGAGCUAGCAAAUCCGGCCAACCAGUUCCGAAUUGAUUACAUCACAAACUUACCGAGCGACAAAGACUUUGACUUCCCAGCAGAGUUCUAUGAACAUACAAAAGCGCUCUGGCAAGAUGAAGGUGUGAAUGCCUGCUACGAGAGAUCGAACGAGUACCAGCUCAUUGACUGCGCACAGUAUUUUCUAGAUAAAAUCGACGAUGUGCAGCAGAAUGAUUACACACCCUCUGACCAGGACUUGUUACGAUGCAGAGUCCUGACAUCAGGAAUAUUUGAAACAAAGUUUCAGGUGGACAAAGUGAACUUUCACAUGUUUGAUGUCGGUGGUCAGCGGGAUGAGCGCAGAAAGUGGAUCCAGUGCUUUAAUGAUGUGACAGCAAUUAUAUUUGUGGUAGCCAGCAGCAGUUAUAAUAUGGUGAUCCGAGAGGACAAUCAGACCAACAGACUCCAGGAAGCGCUAAACCUCUUCAAAAGCAUCUGGAACAAUCGGUGGCUACGGACAAUUUCAGUCAUUCUCUUCUUGAAUAAACAAGAUCUACUUGCCGAAAAGGUUUUGGCUGGGAAAUCGAAAAUCGAGGACUACUUUCCAGAGUUUGCGCGUUAUACAACACCAGAUGAUGCAACUCCAGAGCUUGGGGAGGACCCCAGAGUCACAAGGGCCAAGUACUUUAUUAGAGAUGAGUUUCUUAGAAUCAGUACAGCAAGCGGAGAUGGCCGGCACUACUGUUACCCUCACUUCACAUGUGCGGUGGACACAGAAAAUAUUCGAAGGGUUUUUAAUGAUUGUCGGGACAUUAUCCAAAGGAUGCACCUCCGUCAAUACGAACUGUUGUGAUGGAGAGAUUCUCUUAUAUAUUUUUUCCUUUUUUUUUUUUUUUUUUUUUUCUGGACUCUUAAUUCAAUUUAAAAGAAAUGAAACUGCAAAAAUCCCACAGAAAAAUCUUUAAAAAAAAAAAUCUUUAAAAAAAAAUAAAGGGGGGUGGGGAAACAAUUCACCCAUGAAGGGAUGAAAACAAAAAACCUGCGUGCAAACUCCCUCUCCAGCUUGCACCUGUUUUUACUUGUUUCCUUGCUGCCGGACAAUUGUGGAACUGUUAGCUUGCUGCCCUUCACCCCUCAAUGCCCUGAAACAGCACGGGCUGGCGCCAAAUCUACCCUUUACCUACGACCUCUCCCCCUUUACACCCCCUUCCCUUUUCAAAAUGCCAACAUUUAAUGCAGUGCGUGUGGAGGAUUUUGACAUAAAAUAAAGGUAUACAAAUGCAGCUGGAAGAGAGGGGCUGUACAGUAGGCUGGAGGCUGUACCUAGACUUUCCUCCCCUUUCAAUAAUAAGCUGGGUCUACAUUUUUUUUUUUUUAAUCUUCAUGCAUUACAUCAACUUUGUAUUCCUUCACUGCAUUGCUGACCGCCAACUGAGAGAGAGAGGACACCUGACUCUUGACUGUAAAAAAGAGAAAAAAUUGUCCUGGUAUCACUGAGCUGCCAUCGUUGGGUGUGCAGUUGCAAGAGGUAAUUUAUUUUGCCUUUCACAAGGGUGCCAUUUUUUUUUUCCAUUUUUCUUUUUUAAUUUUUUUUUUCUUUUUUAGAGAAGCAAUAAAUACUUGGAUAUGAAUUUCAACAUAUCAAUGUAUUUAUUUUCCAAAUACAAGCCCUGGCCAUUUUAAUUUGGUCACAGUUAUCCAUGCUUUUUUUUUUUUUUUUUGCCCUCUUUCUCACCCCACCACCACUCCACUUUAUCCUUAGUCAACCUUUUGUGUGAUCUUUAAAUCUUCAGUCCUGAGCAGAAUGUUAGACCUAUCCGCACGAACAUGAUCACUUCCUUUUUUUCCUUCUGUACAACACCCCACUUCCCUACACUUUUUUUAUUUUGUUUCGUUUUUUUUUUUUUUUUUCUGUUUUUGUUUUUAUUUUACUGCUGGAUUAUUCUUUGUACAGAAUGUAAAAUGUAUUAUUUUGUACAACUUUAUUGAAAAAAAAAAAUAACUUGUAGAAGAUCUUUGUGCCUUGAUUUUGGCUGUGCCCUGUACAAUGAGCUAAAGAUGUAAGUAUGUCAAAAAAAAUUACUCUGUACAGCAAAUGUCACCUCUGCCCCUCUCCCCUUUUCCCUUCCUGCGCUCGUUCGGACAUCGGGCAAAUCGAUCUGUAGUACUAGUUAUUUUUUUUUCUUCCUGGUUUACAAAAAGGAAAAAAAAAAUGUUUAGUUAAAACAAAAAAAAAAGAGAAAAUGUACAAAUGUUGCAAAUUUAACCACUUUAAAAGUGGGUCGUCAUGGUGUGACCCACUGUGGCUUCAUCGUGCUUUUUAACUUUUAGCUUGAACUCAUUUAAAUCUCUAUCCAAAUGCAAGAACCUGGCUUGUUUCUACAUAAACAAAAUUUUGCUACAAAGAA